AUGGCUCGUAUCAAUCGGACUGCCCAUAAGUCCACUGGAAGAAAGGCCCCUCGCAAGCAGCUGGCUACGAAAGCCGCUCGCAAGAGCACCACAACCACCGGAGGAGGCGAGAAGCCGCAUUGCUAUCUGCCGGGAAUGGUUGCUCUGCGUGAGAUUCGUCAUUACCAGAUAUCGACGGAGCUGCUGAUCCGCAAGUGCCUGGAAGCGAGCGAGGCAUAUCUGGUCGGUCUGUUUGUGGAUACCAACCUGUGCGCAAUCCACGCCAAGCGUGCCGAAGGACAGCCAGCUGGCUCUACUACAACAAUGCAUUCCACGUAA